UUUGCGAUUAAUAUGAGACAUCGUAUAUGCAGUGGAAGCCGAAUAAUGUGCCUUUUGAGAGAUUCCACUGCCAAAAUGGCUGAUUGUGGCUUACAAUGGCUUUGGAACCUGCGCGGGAUGUGCCUUAUCCGUGAAUCCCAAGACUCAUCACACCUCGGAAGUACAUCCGACCUAGAGCUGAAAAGCGUCGGGGGCGGAUAAUUUAAUAUAUUGCUUCCUAUAUGCUGGUCGUCAGCCACCUGGUGACAUUUCGAACCUUGUUGCAAUUUUGUAGAAGUAUCGAGAUACCACCUUCAAUUCCAGAGGUUCGGAUUCUCUCAGUAUAGGACCUCACACAUUCAACCCGAACAAUAUCUGGCUACUCGAAGUCUCCCGCAUCGUUAACAUGUAUCCCACGCCGCUACUUAUUUAUCCACGAGCGGAUGUUAGCUUAGGAGGACCGACCAUUCCUGCCCCAGUCGGUUCCGUCUCGAAGCUGGACGAUCCGCCAAAUGGCAAUCACAUUGCCAUUCCAGUCAUCACAGUUUGUGUCAUCGUUUCUGCGAUCUUUUAUCCUAUUCGCUUCUACGCAAAGUACCUCACGAAGAAGAUCAUUAUAGCCGAUUAUUUGACAGUUGUAGCAUUCCCGCUUUUCUGGGUAUAUGUUUACUACAGCUACCGUCUGACCUGGACGUCAGGCUAUCUCGUUCACGAGUGGGAUAUUCGCUUGAAAGAUAUAGCGGCAUUCUCAUAUGUUUGUUGGAUUGCCACCCUCUUAUACCUAUGGAUCCUAGCCUUGGUUAAGUCCGCGAUACUAAUGGAAUGGAUGCACAUCUUCGUCCCUGACGGUAGACAUAACUACUUCGCCUGGGCAUGCUACGCAACCUCCGCUGCCAUUUGUUGCCUCUGUAUUAUCCUCUUUAUCAUGGAUCUCGUCAAUUGCACUCCCAUCGCUAGGAAUUGGGACCCGCUGAUUCCUGGAGGGGUUUGCCGCUUCGAUGUCCCGAAAUUCGGAUUAGCAUCGGCCACCACUAAUUUUACGUUGGACUUCAUCCCUCUCCUGCUUUCACAGAAGGUAAUUUGGGGCCUACGUCUGUCACGAAAGAAGAAACUGGGAAUUAGCUUUAUAUUCCUCAUUGGUAUAACUGGCUGCGUGUCGAGUCUCGUACGACUAUACUUUGCGACACGUUUCUAUAUAUCAAGCGACACUAGCUACUACUUUUCAAUUCUGGCGCUGUGUUCUAUGUGCGAAACAACCUGUGCAAAUUUGAUUUUAUGCGCACCUUACGUACCAAAGGCCAUAAUGGGACUCAAAGAAACACAAGCACUGAGAAAGCUCAGACAAUAUAUGACUUUGAGGAAUGAUAUCACCUACAUCAAUGAUUCGGAAGUCUAUUUCGAAGCUCAUGAACUAGCUCGCGCUGCCAAGCCAAAGCGGAGAGAGCAUUGGUUCAGUACCACGACUACUACUACUGGGAAUAACACCACGUAUUCGGAAGAUUCCGUAAUGGGCCUCCGCCCAGAACUUACCUAGGUAGGAAAGAACACAAUUUCGUCAAUGGAGGGCGAUGGGGGGUGUGGGGUGUGCUUUGUAUACCUUAGGUUUAGGAAGUACCUAGGUAGUCAGGCAGGCAAAGAGGUUAUUUUUCUGUGUAACUAGUAUUCAAUGUUCAGGAAGGCAGGUUAGAUGAUCCCGGUCGAAUUCGUGUAACCACCCCAGGAAGGGCGUGUAGGUACCCAAAUUAAAUCUAAAUCAGGUGUUUGCGUUUGUGUAACACAUCUUAGUGAUUAAUGAAUACAUGCAAAUACUUGAUAACGCCCUUUUGCUUCC